AUGAAGAUGUGGAGUGGUUUGGGGAUAAAGCUACUCGCCCUUCUCGCUAUUCAGAUUGGUGUUGCAGAGGCUCAGCUGCAACCAGCUUGUGGCCGACUGGCCUCCUCCCCUCGGAUUGUGGGCGGUUCGGAGGCAGAAGUGGGCACCUGGCCAUGGAUUGCCAGCCUGCAGCUUGUAGACUCACAUACUUGUGGGGGGACCCUCAUCUCCUCAAACUGGGUCGUCACGGCUGCACAUUGCUUUGACAGUGGCCUCGUGGAUGAUCCCUCUCUGUAUGUUGUCGUGUUGGGUGCCGAGAGUCUCUUAUACCCUGGCAAGGAAUCAGUGUCAGUCGCUGUGAAGACCAUCAUUAUCCAUUCCAACUACUCAAGUCCUACGGCUGGCAAUGACAUUGCCCUCCUGGAAUUGGAGCGUCCUGUCAAUUUCACCAACCGCAUCCUGCCUGCCUGUAUUCCAGGACCCUCGAUUGUCUUCCCUCCCAGGAUGGGGUGUUGGGUUGCAGGUUGGGGGAGCAUCAAGCAAAACGUCUCCCUCCCACCUCCUGAGCCUCUACAGGAAGUGUUGCUUCCACUUAUGGAUACCAAUACCUGCGAGGACCUUUACAGCUACCUUCCAGGGACAUACCCUAUCAUUAAGGAUGACAUGAUUUGCGCAGGAUACAUGGAAGGGAUGAAGGAUUCCUGCCAGGGGGACUCUGGAGGACCGCUUCUUUGCCCUUGGGAUGGGGACUGGCUUCUGGCUGGUGUGGUGAGCUGGGGGACUCGUUGUGCUGCCCCUAGAAGCCCUGGUGUCUACGUUCGUGUCACUGCUCACAGCCAAUGGAUCUUGAGGCAUGCCCCAGAAGUGGCUAUCAAUGUAGUCACAAAAACACAUGCGACUGGGAUCACCCCAACAAAUGGGUCCUACAGCAGUAGUCCUUGUUUCCUGGUGCUCCGAUUGUUUUUAUUAAGCAUAAGUGCUGUGCUCAGUGCUGUGUAA